AUGGCAUCUACGAACAACACAACAUUAACGUCAGGGGCAACAACAAAGAUCAACAGCGACGAGGGAUACGCAUGGUGUUCACUGUUUGUAGCUGAAGCACUCUUCAUCAUCACAUUAAAUACCUUGACCAUGGUUGUCUUUUUAACCAAGCCAACUUUGCGCAGGCGCAGUACAUAUCUCCUUAUAAACCUAGCAGCGACUGAUAUAGGCAUUGGGGCGUUCGUGAUGCCCAUCUCCAUAUAUCGUCGCGGUAACGCAUACAAACUUUGGAAGGUAGACAUGACUUAUGAAUGGUUUAUUUCCAGCUAUGGGAUUGACUUGUUCUUCUUUGGCUGUUCGCUUCUGUUUCUGGUCUCGAUAUCAAUUGAGAGACUGCAUGCAACAACAAAUCCAUUUCGACAUCGGUUGAUAUCAGCGUCAACAUACAAGAAAUGGAUAGCUGGAGUUUGGGUUGCCUCAGCUAUUUACACGUCUUUCACGGUUGCAGUUUUGCAUUUUAAUUUAUUAGGCUUGUAUAUAUGGUACAUAGUGGCUGGCUGUGUCCUUGUGUCAAUCUUAAUUCUCUGCGUCAGUUAUGUCGCUAUAUUUUUCGCGGUGCGCUGCCGUAAACAGCCAGAAACAACCAGCCGCCACGCUAGGAAAGAAAGGAAUCUCACCGUGACACUAGCCAUCGUCACGCUAGUCUCUAUGACAGUUUGGCUACCCUACGUGCUCUUCACAUUUCUGGAGAUGAAGUUGACAAAGACGUUUUCCGAGGAAGCACUUUUACGUGUGCGCAGCGUUUGCGAGGUUCUGUUCUUUGCCAACUCGUUUGUAAAUCCAAUCCUGUAUACGAUCAGGAUGACAGACUUUAAGAAAGCGUUUACCACUCUCAUCGGAUUCAACCAUAUUCAAAGUGGAAUAUACAACAGCACGGACGAG